AUGGACGACAACAACUCCAGACGAGAUGCCUCCAAAGUUUGGACCACGCUCAUAACAAAUACCGCAUACCUGUCUGGACUUUUGACCCUUGACUACUCUCUCAAGAAAGUGGGCUCAAAGUAUCCGCUUGUCGUUCUCUACACGGAUUCGUUCCCUGCCGACGGCCACGAAGCUCUUGAUUCCCGAAAAAUACUGAAGCGCCAUGUACCAUAUCUCCUUCCAUCAGUUCCUAAGGAUUACACCAACGAUGUGCGAUUUUACGAUUGUUGGAGCAAACUCACUCCGUUCUCACUCGUUGAAUAUGACCGUGUCGUGCAACUUGAUAGUGACAUGAUGGUCCUUCAAAAUAUGGAUGAAUUAAUGGAACUCGAAUUGGAUUCACCAGAAAUGGCUGGAGACGGAAAUCGAGUGUUUGCCGCUAGCCACGCUUGUGUCUGCAAUCCCCUCAAAAAACCUCACUAUCCGACAGACUGGGUUCCGGCCAAUUGUGCUUAUACUACUCAGCAUGACAGUCCCGACAUCGCGCAAACUUCUGGUGCUUCAUCCACUGCAGGUUUGGGGAUACCCAAUGGAGGCCUACAAGUGGUGAACCCAGCCAAGGCAAUCUACGACAAAAUUACUGAACAGCUUGCUAAUGCUACGACAUCAAAUUAUGACUUCGCCGAUCAGUCCCUUCUCGGUGAUCUAUUCUACGGUCGCUGGGUUGCACUCCCGUAUAUCUACAACGCACUCAAGACCUUGCGGUGGGAAGGUGUACACAACACCAUAUGGCGCGAUGAGAAUGUUAAAAACAUACAUUACAUACUCAGUCCGAAACCAUGGGAUGAAUGGGCAGACAGACAGCAGAACCCCGGAGAUUCUAACCAGAGCCAAGACCCGUCGCACGCAUGGUGGACAACAUUGAACGCAGAAAGGUUGGGCGAGGAACAGAAGCUAGGCAUAAGGGACCAAUUUUGA